AUGGAGGAACUACUUCGUUCCUUGCGCAACUUGGAUCUUUCUGUACCCAAAGGCGAGCAAAUUGUGUCACUCAUUGAUGCAGAUCCACGUGUAGAAAAGCAGCUGGCACAACAGCUUGCUCUUCCCAAGCGUAUUGAUGUGGAUGAUGAGGAUGGUCAUGCGCUCAUGGAUGCAGCCCUCAUGUCAGGGGCGACAGAGGCCAUGCUUCAAAACUACAAUAGUGCUCUUCAGAAGGAAGCAGAGGCAUUAAAGAAAGAGGAAAAUAAAUUGGCCAAGACAGCGCCAGUGAAACGAAUCCCUAAAAAGGCUUUGCUGGCGGCGCAGGAUGCGGCCAUUCGACGUCGCGACGAAGAACGUCGUGCUGGCACCGACCAUCGGGGCCACUUGUACAUACCACGGCAGAUUAUGGAUACCGAUAAUACCUAUGCCUCCGACGCUGGAGUGCAUACGCUUUCACGCAUUGAUGUGGACGAAUUGCAAGCGCCGUAUCGUCAUGAAGGUCGGUGUCUGCUGGUCCAAGUUGCAUCGCGCUUGUGUUUGUAUGCCAGUUGUUCAUUGGUUGGCCUCACACCUUCAGGGGCUGCCCUUCCAAUUAGCCUUGCUCACUUUACUCCCGAUCUACGCCUGCAUGGCGACGCGUUGGACGCGCUGCUGCCUAUCGGCACGAUUCUGCUGAUCCGUGAACCGUAUGUGAGUUUGCACUAUAUGGGUGUUGGCGGUCCCAUCACUGGAGGCAAAGGCACGGUGGGUGUACGUGUGGAUACGCCAUCAGAUGUGCAUGUUCUUCGUCCCACAUCGCCGCUGUGUGCCGACGUGACUUGGGCCGAUCCAUUGCCGUUCCCGCCAUCGGAGCAGGUGCUGUGGCUGGAAGAAGGUCCCUUGACGUGUGCCUAUCAGGAGGGUCGCGCUUUACCGACAAUGUCGCGGGAGCAAGUUCGCGAUACCGUAUCCCAAUUGCUCGCGCAACAGCGGCCAGGUGCUGCGUGGCGCGAGAUUUGCGCUGCGACCUUGCAAGGGAUUUGGCCGUCACGCGAUCAAGACGCUGCCGCCUUUGUCGAAGAUACACUACUGCACGCGGACGUACUACUGGCCUUGCGCUCUUAUGACGAAGUGAUCAUACGCAUGCAAGCAUGCCGAGCCAUAUCCUCCGAUAAAACCUCGGAGAUCGAUGCGCGGCUGGACCAAGCUACCACCGCUGUGGACAUCCGCGAGAACGGCCCCUCUGAUGCUGUGCUGCACGCCAUGUUUCAGCGUACAUUGGACGAUGCGACGCCGCGCUUUAUGUAUGACGAGUACUUGGGCCCCAUUGCCGUGCAAGACAUCCCCAAUGCUGGUCGUGGCCUCGUAGUUACGCGGGAUGUCAACGAAGGGGAAUUGCUCUUGUUUUGCCGCGCGAUGGCUAGCAGCUACAGCAAGGAUCCAGGGUGCGAUGGUGUGCCGCUACUUCGCUGCAAUCCCGCCUCGGGCGUGACGAGUACUACGACGCAAGUGUUAGCGGCGACACGGUGCCUGCAUACCCUUCUUGACCGGCCGGAAUGGGCGCCGGCGUUCUUGGGGCUGACCGCCGGUCCCACAACGCCGUACUCGACGUACGUGGCAGCGCCGUAUCCUCUUCGUACGUCUGUACCUCUCGAUGCGAAGCAGGCCCUCGAGGCUCUGCGUCCCACCGCCGCAUCGCACUAUGUCAACAACGUGUUACGCUUCAACGCGUUUGGCCCAGCGGCUGUGCCAGCGGCGUCUGCAGGUGACGAUCCCAUGUCGCGCUCGACCAUGCCGCACCCUCUCCCUGCGAUUCUGAAUCAUGCGUGCCUGCCGAAUGUAUCGUCGGUGUUCUUCGGCGACUUUGUCGCUACGCGUGCCUUGCAUCCAUUGCCGGCAGGUACGCAGAUCAUGCAUCAAUACGUGCAAGGUGAAGUGGCGUACCAUACACGCCAAGCGCAGCUCUCCAAGCACGGGUUUGUAUGUGCUUGUGGCCUUUGUGCCUUGGAUCGCGCUGAUGGCGACGACCAGCUUCGCCGCCGUGAAGAGGUGCUGGUGCGCGAAUGGCCGCCGCUGAUGGAGCGAAGUCGUGCCAUUUUCAAAGGUGGGCCGUCGAUCGGUGAUCCUGCCGACGCGCAUCGCGAGAUGGUCGAGGCCAUGACGGCGGUCGCGCAGUCAGUGGAUAGCACGUAUGCGUCUACACGUGGCGCCUUACGACCUAGUUUGGUCGACGUGUAUUUCCGCGCGGCGGAGCAUUUGCGGACUUACGACGUAGACGCUGCGAUCGCCAUGACGAAGCGCGCGAUCGAAGCGACUGGCGCUAUGCUUGCUGACGGCGCACGUAUCAAGCAGCUGCCAGAUCUGCAUUUCGAUGGCGCGAUUCGCGGUAUGCUAUUCCUUGCUACGCUGUAUUGGCACCUGGACCAAGCAUCUGCGGCCUAUGCGUGGAUCGACUCGGCGCUUCAUACGCACCACUGUAUGAUUGGCGGCGGUCGCGCGAUGUUCUUGCAGCGGUGGGGCGACGAUCAGCAUAUGGCUCUAUGUUCAUGGGCGACGACGGCCGUGUAG